AUGCAACCACACAAGUCUACCAGCGGCUCAAAGAGUGACUCGUACAAAGCGAAUCGAGACCAAAAGCAACGCGAGCACCAGAAACCUGGCUCGCAAAUUCAAGAUGGACGCAUCAGCAAGUCUCAACACCAGACCACUCAGAAGAAAUGCAAGCCAGUCCAAAGCCCGCCGGCCACCAGCACCAAGCUCAUCAAGGUCCACGUCAACAAUCGCCUGGGCAAGAAUGGCGAGGUGCUCUGUUUGCCUUCCGACAAUAUUGGGGAUUUCAAGAAGAUGGCAGCCUAUCAAAUGGGUAUAAAGGCACAGGAUGUAAUGCUUAAGAGGCAGGGGCUGCGGCCCUACAGGGAUCACUUGACAUUGGAGGACUACGAGAUCGGAACUGGUUCGUCGCUGGAUUUCGAGAUGGAUACCGGAGACUAG